CAACCGUGCCACUUCCUGUUUCGGCCGCGCCCCAAGCGAGCCAAUCGCCGCGCCCUGCCUUCUCUCACUUGCGAGUUUGACGUUCCUGUCGCUAGCAAAACGACGUUGGUGUUCUGCGUUGAUUUCGAGCGUGCUUUCGAUUGAUUUUCCAGGCAGCCGCUCGGCCCCCCAGAACCUUAUAAGCCGCGUCCCCCUCCGCUCUCCAUCUCUCAUCCACCACAGCUUCUCCACCCAACAGCCUCAUCUACACAACACUCAUCCACAUCAACAACUCAUCAACCAUGGCUCGUACCAAGCAGACAGCCCGCAAGUCCACUGGUGGCAAGGCCCCUCGUAAGCAGCUCGCCUCCAAGGCCGCUCGCAAGUCCGCACCAUCAACCGGUGGUGUCAAGAAGCCCCACCGCUACAAGCCCGGAACGGUCGCUCUCCGUGAGAUCCGUCGCUAUCAGAAGUCGACUGAGCUUCUCAUCCGCAAGCUGCCCUUCCAGCGUCUUGUCCGUGAGAUCGCCCAGGACUUCAAGUCGGAUCUCCGCUUCCAGUCCUCCGCCAUCGGUGCUCUCCAGGAGUCCGUCGAGGCCUACCUCGUCUCUCUCUUUGAGGACACCAACCUGUGCGCCAUCCACGCCAAGCGUGUCACCAUCCAGUCCAAGGACAUCCAGCUCGCUCGUCGUCUCCGUGGUGAGCGCGGUUAAGCUUGUCUCUUCUUGAUCACGGCUCAACAUGACUACUUGUUUGGGCCGCUGAUGGUUAUCGGGUCGGAUUUCUUUGGGCGUUUGGUUUAGCACGGUUCACGGUCUUCAACUCGGUUUAUGGGUGCAUCGGAGCGAUGCUGAGUAUGUAGUAUAUCCACGACAUUAGUGACAAGUCACUGAAUACGAUCUCAAUCGAUCA